CUUGAAUUCUUAUAUUUUCGAAAACUAUCACAUAAAAAGUGGAGGUUCAUUCUGUUUAACUUCUAUUAAGCUUACUGCUAAUUUGUGAUUCGAACAAGCGAACAAAAAUGUCUAGGGUUACUUGAGAUUUGAAACACGCACAGAGUCCUGAAAAAUAUGGCCAAGAGCUUACGCAGUAAGUGGAGAAGAAAGAUGCGGGCAGAGAAGCGAAAGAAAAAUGCUCCAAAAGAACUUACUCGCCUAAAGGGUGUCCUAAAUAUAGAUGGGGAUGGGGGUAUUUUGAUGAAAGAAAUAAAGGAAAUAGCCACAGUGGUUCCUUCUAAAAAGCUGCAAGAAAAAGCACAAGAUGUGGAGAUGGAGGGAGAAGAAGAAAUUGGAUCUACAAUGGAGACUGAUGGCAAGCGAAGCAAAAAGACACAGUUAAAUGAACAUGGGCAAUACCCUGUAUGGAUGCAUCCCCGACAGAGGAGGAAGUUGAAGCAAAAACGAGUUAAGCAAGGCAAAACUAAGAAGACGAAAAAGAGGGCAUAGCAGAUAUAGUACUCAAUAAAUACAGUAUACGCUGCUUCGAAGUAACUUCUAUUUUGUGCCAGAACUUUGGAAUUCUUCAUUUGUAGAAGACCAUUCUGCUACGCUGUUGUUGUUGUUAGCAGCUUUAAUGUAGUAUAUUUAUGACAAUUUUCUUUUAACUUUUUUCUUUGUAUGUACAAGACAUAGACCAGUCUGAUUAUACCUGUCAAGCUCAUUAUAGAGACUCUGUUAAAAGUCUAAAUUGGAAAUUAUAUUUUAAUUCCAGUCAUCUGACCUUGCCAAGAAAGCAUUUUAAAUACAAUUAUUAUUACGAUAAAUUAAUAAAUGUUGAUUACUUGUUUUUUCAUAUGCUUUAAUGCAGAGCUAUUUGGAUUCUUUAAAGUUUUCACAUAGGAUGUUGCAAUUAGUUGCUGUAUUUCAACAGAAGUUUUAUAGCUGGGUAAAAUGGACAUAUUAAUACAGAAUGCAAACAUGUUGUAUCUUUUUAUGCGUUAUAUCCAAUAUACUAAAAGGUGGGAUUGAAGUUAAACUGAAAUGUGUGAUUUAUGUUUACUUAAUUUCUAGACUUGUAAUGUCUGGCAUUUUUUCUCAGUUGCAAAUGCGAUUUUUAAUUAUGCUGUUUAGCUGUUUGUUGCUCCAUAAUACAAAUAAUUUGGAUCAUCAAUUAAUUUUGUUAUUUUACUCAUGAUAAUCUGUGGACAUAAUGGGUUUUGGAGUCUACAGUAGCAGGCGCAAAACUUGAACCUAACCUGAAUGGGAGACUACACCAGUCACAUACACUAAACCAGUUUACAGUUGCUGUUCAUUCCCACCUGCACAUCUAAAAUGUAUCAGUAAACCAUAAUACAAAAUAUGAAUUCACACAAACACUCGCCAAAUGUGCUUACUUGACAUAGACACUGCAAAGGGUAAGAUUUGAAUCCAACACUUCAGGACUAUGAGGCAGCAUUAAAGACUGCAUCAAAAUGUCAUCUAAUUAGAACUUGAUAAUGUGAAAGAUCAAUGUUUUGCAAACAAAAGAUUCAUUGUACGAUGUUUUUACAUUUCAGGAAUGAAAACAAAAUGAGUAAUAACUCUAGAAACAAUUUUUACCACUGCAGUCCUUAUAGUUCUGGACUUGUGUGCCUUCAGUGGGGAGUUGGCAUGUUUUCUCUGUAAUAUUUGCAUUUCCUCCCAGUGUCCAAAUGCUGUUAGAUUAGCAACUGUAAAUUGUCACAAUGUUGUGGAGGUGUGCAUAACCAUGCCCUACUAGAAACUAUUUUUUUGACUUUAUACUGGGUACAGUUAAUUCUGAAAUGGAUAGAUGCUAAAUCCUAAAGAACCUUAAAUGGUAAACUUAAAACUUAAUGAUAGUAUGUUAGACUGAAAGAAUAUGCUAAUGCUGUAUUUUGUAUAAAAUUAUACUGCAGUCCAAAUAGCAAUACAUUCUACUACCUUUAUAAUGAGAUGAAUUUGCUUUGAUUGGGACAGUAGCCUGAAUCUUUAGGGUUGAACGUGUUCCCUUUUCACGUGCAAAGAACCUGGUAAGUGAAUGCAUCAGAUCAACAAGUGUGUCUUGAGUCAUUGUGGAAAUGGUCAGAAGCUUUAAUGAGUGCCUAAGUUGGCAAGGAAUAUCCACCGUGGUCAGGUAGUGGGACCACUUCAACGCUCCAGCUACAUUUUUGAGAAGUAGGGGGAAACUAUUUUACAGCAUUUGUCAAGUUCAAUAAAAUGUCUUCAGAUUUUCCUGUU